AUGCCUGAGCAAUACGAUGCCGUGGUCGUCGGCGCCGGCCCCGUGGGCCUCAUGUUCUCCGCGUGUUUAGCCCGUUUGGGUGGCUACAAGAUCAAGCAUAUCGACAAUCGCGCCGAGCCAACGAGUAUCGGCCGGGCAGACGGCAUUCAGGCCCGCACCCUGGACGUGCUUAAUACCAUGGGGCUCAAGAGGCCCCUCUGGGCGUACAACCCGGGCCUCAUCUACGAGGUUGCCUUCUGGGGUGCGACUCCGGAUCGGAAGAGCAUCCAGCGUACCAGCACCAGCAAGGGCUACCCGGAGCACGUCGACACCCGCUACCCGUUCACCACCAUCCUGCACCAGGGCCGCAUCGAAGCUGUCUUCCUCGAGGACCUCCGCUCGCGCGGCGUCGAGGUCCAGCGGCCUUGGACUAUCCGCGCCGCCACGUAUCGCGGGCCAGGCUCAGAGUACCCCGUGGACGUGGAGCUGGUCAGUGUCGAUGGCUCGACGACGGAGACCGUGCAGGCGAAGUACGUAUUCGGGGCGGACGGCGCGCACAGCGCUGUGCGAGAUCUGUUGAAGAUCCCCAUGAUUUAUAAGGAUCCGACGGUGCAUGUAUGGAGCGUGAUUGACGGUGUGGUGAAGUCAGAUUUUCCAGAUAUGCAGAUGAAAUGCACAAUCCGUUCGCCCCGAGGCUCCUGCAUGAUCAUCCCUCAGGGCAACAACCGCGUGCGCAUCUACGUCCAGAUCUCGCCGGAUGAAGGCAAGAACCUGUCCAAUAUCCAGCGCAUGGCCAACGAGAUCCUCAACCCAUACCGCGUCGAAUGGGAGUCCGUCGACUGGCACUCAGCCUACCACAUCGGCCAGGGCAUCUCGCAGAGCUACUCGCUGGACAACCGCAUCUUCAUCGGCGGUGACGCCUGUCACACCCACAGCCCACAGCCCAAAGCCGGCCAGGGCAUGAACUACGGGCUACUAGACUCGCACAACCUGACCUGGAAGCUCCAUCUCGUCGAGUCCGGCCUGAUGAGUCGCGACCUGCUGCACACCUACGAGGAGGAACGGCGCGCGGCGGCCUCGCGCCUCAUCGACUUCGACGCCACCUACGCCGGGCUAUUCAGCUCGCAUAAUCCCUCCCAGCAGACCAACGACGAGUUCGUGCGCAUCUUCAAGCAAAACGCCCUUCUCACCAGCGGCUACGGCGUCGAGUACCCGCCCAACACCCUCACCCACGCCGACACAACCGCCCCCACCGCUCUCCAGCCCGGCCGCAGCUUUCCCCCCGUGAAUCUAACACGCGUUAUCGAUGCCUGCGAGAUUCCCCUUGAGCGCGAGGUCCCCUUCAACGGCAGCUUUCACGUGUAUGUGUUCGCCGGCGCGCCAGAAGCUCAUCACUGCGCACUAGCCGACUUAGCGGAGUACCUCGCGGACCGGGACUCCGUGUUCUCAAAGACUGGGGACCAUCGCGAAGACCCGGACAUGUCGUACGAAGGGCGCCAUAACCCGCACUCGGGGCUGUAUACCUUUUCCAUCGUGUUCAGCGCUGUGCGGGCGUCCAUCGACCUCGCUGCUCUGCCGCACUUCUUCCGUCCCUACCGCUACCACGUGUACUCUGAUGAUACGCGCAGUCGGAAGCUGCUUCCGGGCGGAGUGGGCGCGGCGCAUGCAAAGCUGGGAUUUGAUGUCCAGGAAGGCGGCGUGGUGGUUGUGCGGCCGGAUGGGUAUGUUGCAUGUGUCGUGAGGCUUGUGGAGGGGAGAGAGACGGGGGAGGCGCUGGAUCGGUAUUUCGCUGGUGUGUUGCCUAGUUAG